AUGCAGUCAAGACCACUGGUGCCGGAAAGCGAUCGAUAUGGCAUUCUCAGCGGCUUCAAUCCCAGUAAACAGGUCCUGAAAGCCGGCACAAAGAUCGCCGCACCAUUCCUCGAGCUUCCUAUCGAAAUCGUCUUCGACAAAGAUGUCGCAGUGACCCUGCGCGACGGCACGGUGACAUAUGUUGAUUUGUUUCGCCCGGUGAGCGAUGAAGCAAUUCCCGUGAUCGUCGCGUUUAGUCCUUACGGGAAAGGACAAGGCACUUCCUCGAGCGCAAGGGGUGUCUUCAGACUCGUCGGUCUCAAAGACCAAAUUGUCUCCGGCCUCGAAAAGUUUGAAGGUCCGGAUCCAGCGUACUGGUGUGCUCAUGGUUACGCAAUCUGCAAUCCGGACAUUCGCGGUGUCGCUGAAUCACAAGGUGACAGCGUACUUUGGGACCGCCAGGAGGGUCGCGACGCAUAUGAUCUUGUGGAGUGGCUAGGCUUGCAAGAAUGGUGCAAUGGUAAGGUCGCAAUGAGCGGCACGUCUUAUCUCGCUGCAUCGCAGUGGUUUACUGCCGCGGAACAGCCGCCACAUCUCGCUGCGAUCAACCCAUGGGAAGGCAUGAGUGACACUUACCGCGAUCUCGUCAUGCGCGGAGGCAUACCAGAUCAUGGCUUCGCCAAGCAACUCCGCGACUAUUCAUUCUGGGGCCAUGGACAGAAGGAGGAUAUCAUCGCCGAGGCUGAUCAAUAUCCGCUCAUGAAUAAGCUCUGGGCCGAGAAAAUCCCAGCAUACAGCAAGAUUACAGUGCCUGCUUAUGUAGUUGCAAGCUAUUCGAAUUCUCUACACACACAAGGCACAUUCCGAGCAUGGCGACGCAUGACGUCCGGACAGAAAUGGCUACGAAUUCACAAUUCGCAAGAGUGGCCGGACUACUAUGACGAGCGUAACCGCGAAGAUCUAAGAUGCUUCUUCGACCACUUCUUACUUGACCGCAACAAUAGCUGGGAAGCCACUUCACCUGUGCGUUACUCGCUACUCGACCUGCAGGGCGGUGAUGAGGUUGACAUCGCUGCGCAAGAAUUCCCACCGGCGGGAGUCCUCUUAACCAAAUACUACCUCAACGCAUCAUCCCGGACACUCGAUAUGUCGCCGUCGACACAUGAGUCGUCAGUCCAGUAUGUCGUGGGAGGGACCCCAGGUCGUGUCUCAUUUGUAUUCCGCUUUGAGAAGAUGACCACGUUGGUCGGCUACCCCAAAGCGCACCUGCGGGUAGGAGUAGACGGCGCGGACGACAUGGACCUUUUCGUCCUCGCGCAGAAGCUCGACCAGUUCGGCACUCCACUUGCGCAAUUCACUGUCCCCAAUCAAGGCGCCAUGCUUCAGGACGCAACCGAGUGCGGUGGGUCGAUUCUCCGCUACCGCGGUUCUGACGGACGACUCCGUGUGUCGCUUCGGCAACUCGAUGAAAUGCUGUCCACUCCCGAAAUCCCAGCGCACACAUUCGAUAAAUCACAAAAGCUCGUUGCCGGCGAAGUUGUAGACGUCGAGAUUGACAUGAUGCCGAUCGGACUCUCCUUUCGCCCAGGUGAACAGCUGCGGUUCGUGAUCAGCGGCACAAGCUUGCUGGGAUCGAUGAUGCCUGGCAUGCCGCAGUACACUUCACCGUUCACCGGCCGACAUAUCAUUUAUACGGGUGGCGACAAUCUAUUAAUAUAA